GAUAUCAACUUCUCUGGUUCGUGCGUGUAUUUGCGAUUACAUAUGUAGACUCGUGUAUCGUGUUAAAAUCUGGCGGUGAGUCCUUUUUAGCUUUGCACGAUUGUUUGAAAACGUUUCGUAAACACGCGAGAGCGAUCCCAUAUACGUCAGGUUGGCAAAUUGAAGCCAACCUCGCCCUGGAGUAAAACAGACUUUGACAGACUGAACGCGUCCUCCUUAACCCGUUUGGAAUCUUUCGAUGUGAAUUUCAUCUACUUAGUAUGGCGGGAGUAUUCGACAUUGAACUGCACGACGGAGAUGCCGCGAAUCAGGAUGAGUCAGAUGACGACGUGAUCGAGAAUAGAGAGGAGGAGUAUAAUCAUGCUGCAACUGUAAGCGCGAUACUAGAAUCUGACAACUUGGAGAGAGUUCAGUUGUCAGAGCAAAAUGUGAAUCCUGGUCAAGAAAAGGCUGGUCCACAAGAUUUUGAACUAUGCAAGAUUUUAGGUGAGGGUGGCUACGGAAAGGUCUUCCAAGUCAGAAAGGUCACUGGUAAGGAUAAAGGCAGCAUCUUUGCUAUGAAAGUACUGCGCAAAGCAUCCAUAAUAAGAAAUCAGAAGGAUACCGCUCAUACCAAGGCUGAGAGGAAUAUCCUAGAAGCUGUAAAACAUCCAUUUAUUGUGAACCUUAUGUAUGCGUUUCAAACUGGUGGUAAAUUAUAUCUGAUCUUGGAGUAUCUGUGCGGUGGAGAGCUGUUCACGUAUCUCGAUCGGGAGGGUAUCUUUUUAGAGGAUACAGCUUGCUUUUAUCUGUCGGAAAUUAUACUGGCACUGCAACAUCUUCACAAUCAGGGAAUUAUAUAUAGAGAUUUGAAGCCGGAGAAUAUUCUGUUGGAUGCCGAAGGUCACGUCAAAUUGACAGAUUUUGGUCUUUGCAAAGAACACAUACAAGAGGGCACGGUGACGCACACGUUCUGCGGAACGAUAGAAUACAUGGCUCCAGAAAUUCUAACUAGGAGUGGUCACGGCAAAGCUGUGGAUUGGUGGAGUUUAGGCGCUUUGAUGUUUGACAUGCUUACAGGGAUGCCACCGUUCACCGGUGACGACAGAAGGAAAACCAUCGAAAAGAUCUUACGGGGUAAGCUGAGUCUUCCACAGUAUCUAACGCCGGACGCCCGGGAUCUUAUCCGAAAACUCUUAAAGAGGCAAGUUGUUCAGAGAUUGGGCUCUGGCCCGGAGGACGCCGAACAAAUUAAAAAUCACCAUUUCUUUAAGCACAUCAAUUGGCAGGACGUAAUCGCCCGAAAGUUGGAUCCGCCAUUUACGCCAUCCCUGAAGAGUGCCGACGAUACGUCGCAAUUCGAUGAACAAUUCACAGCGACUGUGCCGGUGGAUUCACCGGUCGAGAGUACUCUCAGUGAAUCUGCUAACAUGAUAUUUCAGGGUUUUACAUACGUUGCGCCGAGUGUCCUGGAAGAGAUGUACGCGCAGCCAAGAGUAGUCAACGCUAGAAGCCCACGUAGAGGACUGUUGAACAAUACGGGUUUUGGUGCAGCGGCGAGUUUACAUGGCUUCUCUUCGCCCAGAACGAUGGACGUUCAUUUGCACCCAUCGUUAGACCUCCAACAUCAACACAGACAACAUAUGAUGGGACCCAACAGCGUAGAAGACACCGAAAUGGUCGAUCUUGGCCAGCUACCAAACCGUUUGCAGUGUCGCGACCCAUUGCGCACAAAUUUUUCAUAGCUUUUUCAUGCCAACUAGGGAACGAAAGGAACACAACCCACGUAAACUUGUUUGUUCGCCGAAUCGUUUCUUCACGUUCGCGUGUGAUGACGAACAGAGGUAUAUUUAGCAAAUUCAAUAUACAUGUAUAGCAAAAAGUAAGUACAGGGUGAGUUUGGUCUCGCGGUAUUGUCUGCAUCCAUAAGCAAAUUUUUCUUAAACUUGUAGCGAUUUCGAGAUGGCCAAACGGGCUUUUUUGUUUGCGAGAGAGUGAAUAGUGUAUGUCUUUUCGUUAUGUAAAUACGUGCUGAUAAUUGAAAGCAAGUAUAUUCUUAACGAAAUAUUUAUGAACAGAAUGCAGUUCAAAUCUAAAGAUCAUAAUGGUAAUACAAAUAUUGCAAUCAUAUCGUCGCCGAUUAUAACGUAGUUGACUAUCAUUAAACUGUUUCUAACAGUUAAUAAAUAGUUGAUUCAUACAAAAUGAUGAAUGCUUUAGAGAGAUAUUAGCAUCAAGGAAAUAUGUUACAGAUUUUUCUUUUUCUCGUUUCAAAACGUCGCAUUCGAUUGAAUCUUUUGCUUUUACAUUGUUGCAAACAUUUCUGUAAGUUUUUGUUUCUACAUCUUACCAGACUGCGAUCGAUUUAUUUUCUAGUAAAACAUUGUGCAUUUCGGAUGAAUAUAUGCGAAUUAGAAUAAUUUUCAAAAUUCUCAAGGUAUUUUUUCCGAUUUUCAUGCAAUGGGUAUCGAAAUAAUAUGUAAGACAUGUUUAUUUUUAAGGAGCAAUUCUACAUUCCGGUACAUCCUGGAUGUUACGACGACGAUUUGCACUUGUACAAGCUAGAACAUUGGAAAUUAAAUGUAAGCGAAAGUGAAUAGAUUGUCUUGUUCUGUCAUUAGUAUUAGACAUAAUUGAUUCUAUUCUAUUGAAUAUAUAGUUUAUUUAACUAUAUUUAUAUAUAAAGAAAUUUGUUCUAAUAGAAUCGGAAAGACAAAUGGAAAUUCUUGAUUGUAUCAUAUGUAUAAGAAUAAAAUCGGUCCUAGUAAUUCUAUUCAA